GCAUUGUUAAGAUGGUACUUAUACGUGAUUUUACUCCGAAACUAUAAACAUAAUAUAUUAAUAUCGAACCGCGUUUAUUUUAGCAUUAUAACAUGAUUAUUGGUGCCAGCGCUGUGUUGCUGCUAUUAGGCAUGCCUUGUGCCAACGGACUCCCAUUGUGGGAUUAUUUAACCGGCAUAAACACUAGCGAUGAUAGUUCAGCAACGGCAGGGCUGAUCGAACCCCGGGAGGAUAAUGCAAAAUCUUUGGUACGGUACGACACUAUGGUUCCCGUUCUACAGGUCAUACUGACACCUAUCGGCCGGAUGGUGUGGCCCCGCGUUGAGCAAUGGUUCUCUGGACUGUUCGGAGCGUAUCUGGAUAGUGCAAAUAGAGCCAUUGACACACUCUCGCAAUACGCAACGGAAAAUAUAUCCUUCCAGACAGGCGAUGUGUAUUACACGAAGAACGACAUGAUUGAUGGACACGGACACCAGUCUUUGAUUAUUACGCUACCAUCAGGAAGAACCAUAACUGUGCUGACUUUCAAAUCCAAAAGUAAAUUCAAUAUAUUGGAUGAGUUUCCACAGCUAUCCGAGGCACAAAACGAGGUUAGAGAGUUGAACUGAAACAUAUGGCAAAAGAUGCGCAUAGAUAGUAACAAUCAG